GCCUCCCGCUCCGCUAGGUGGGGCCGCGCCGCACUGUCUGCGCAUGCGUGCGGGCCGUGGCGUGCACCCGACUCGCAGCCUCCGGCAUCUUUGCCCUCUCGGUCCCGCCGCCCCGCGCCCUCCUUCCGCGUCCGGGCGCCAUGGCCGAUCCUCGCGUGAGGCAGAUUAAGAUCAAGACCGGCGUGGUGAAGCGAUUGGUCAAAGAAAAAGCGAUGUAUGAAAAAGAAGCAAAACAACAAGAAGAAAAGAUUGAAAAAAUGAAAGCUGAGGAUGGUGAAAAUUAUGCCAUAAAAAAGCAGGCAGAGAUCCUGCAGGAGUCCCGGAUGAUGAUCCCUGAUUGCCAACGCAGGUUAGAGGCAGCAUACACUGAUCUUCAGCAAAUAUUAGAAAGUGAAAAAGAUUUGGAAGAAGCUGAGGAAUAUAAAGAAGCACGUGUAGUUUUGGAUUCAGUGAAAUUAGAAGCCUGAAACUUUUCUGUACGGUGUUUUUGCAUUAAAUCCUGGGGGCCAUUCUACAGUUCAUUAUUUUUACCACCGCUGGGUGUUUGAGAAAUAUGUGAAUGUAAUUCUUUGUAUGCAGUUGAAAAUAUUUUUCUUUGCGUAAUUUAAUGUAUCAAAUAAAUGAGUUCAUCUAAUAAAAUUGUUUAUUUCAUACCUUACAAAAUUUUAAUUAACAUUAAAUCAGACAUUUUUGGCAGAUAACUAAAA